AAUCUACGUGAACUUGACAAGUCCUUUGCCACGGACGUUUUUAGGGAUGCACGUCUUGUAUCUGCUUAGCCUUUUGGUAUAAAUAACCUUUGAAGUAAAUCUUAUACAUUCACCCUUCUGUUUGCCAUUUAGAAGGUUCAGUAUGAAGGUGUUCGUCCUGGUAGCAGCUUGCCUGGCAGUGGCGACAGCCGAGUGUCCUAACCUUACACCUGUACAGUCCUUCAAUGUCGCCAAGUAUCUAGGCACCUGGUACCAGCAGGCAAGUUUCGGCACUUUCUUCUCUCAAGGAUUUAGCAGGUGUGCCAAGGCCGAAUACACUUUGGAUUCCGCCUCCGGCAAAAUCCAUCUUAAAAACUCACAAAAAACCAUAUUCGGUAAAGAUGAGGCAGUGUCCGGGACCGUAGCGUUGGCUGACCCGACAAAGAACGAGGGCAAGCUUGAUAUCUCUCUGGAGUUGCCUUUCGGCACCGUCAAGGGACAACUGUUGGUUUUGGCAACUGACUACGACAACUACGCCAUCGUCUACUCCUGCAGGACAUUCUUCGGUUACCCAAUGAAGCACGCCUGGAUACUGACCAGGAAGCAGGACCUUGAGGGCGAUGACAAGACUAAAGUUGAGGCUCUGGUUGACGCCGCUCUCACCGACAUUUCCAGCAAAGGUGGCCCUAAGAAGACCGACUUCUGGAAAACUUGCCAGAAAAACUGUUAAAUUGUCAGUUUUUGUAAUACAAUAAAUAACUUAAUAUCCAUUAAAA